GGUUGCCAAGAAGUAUAUUAUGUGAUAAAUUUCAGAUAAUGAAAAUUUGAAUAUCAGAUUGGAAUAACUCUAUGGACUGCACGUAUGCAUCAAGUUGACGUGGCGCAUCGGAGUCCUCAGGUACCCACAGUCAUUAAAACGAAACGAAACGCAUCAAGUUGACUGAUUUUCGUCUGACGUCCCAGAUACCGUCGUAUUGUAAAGUGUCUUUUGUUUGUCUAAUUUUCUACUUGCACCUUGCAUCGUUACACGCCAGAUUCAUACGAUAUUCGAACGAUAGCUUGAAUGAUUUAACUUGACUUUAUAGUUGAGAAUGUGGAACAAUGAUAGUAACACAACUAUUCAAAACUGGGAAACGGGACAUGACGAUACUUUAUUAAACUGGAAAUCAGUCGAAAAUUGUGUACCUGUGAUGCUUGCACACUUACAUCGUUAUGGUGAAGGAUUGAAGAUAUGGGGUAUGCCAACUAGGAUUAUUACAUUUUUAGCUAUUGUUGAAGAUGUAGAUGUUGUCAAUACAAGAGUAAACUUCAAAUUUCGUGAUGAAACCGGAUCUUUAAAGGGUGUCCAGUGGUUAUGUAAUGAAAUUUAUGAAUGUCCUGUAAAAAUUAAUUCAUAUGCUAGGGUUUAUGGAAGUAUGAGAAAACAAAAUUAUGAAAAUUUUAUACUGGUUGCAAAGAUUCAACCCAUGGAUCACUUGAAUGAGUUGUGUGCCCAUUUGAUGGAAGUAACAUUUAUUUGUUUAGAAGCAGAAAAUUUGUCAAUUCAAGCAAGCCAAAAUCAUUCAGCAAACAAUACUUCAAUUAAAAACAACAAUCCAUCAAUUUUUGCUCCACCCUCUAAUGAUGAUAAUGAUUGCAGUAAUUUGACUUAUGAACAAAAUCUUGUUAUGGAUAUCAUUACUCGUGGUCAUCCAGAAGAUGGAGCAGAAAGGUCUGCAAUCAAGUGUCAAGUACCUUUAUAUUUAGCACCUAAAGUUGAUGCAAUUUUAGAAUUUCUGUCAUCAGAAGGUCAUGUUUAUACAACUAAAACUGACGAUUAUUUUAAAAAGCUCUGA